AUGUAUAGAUCAUCUUAUCAAUCUGGUCUAUUAUCUAUAUUUUAUAGUGUUGGACAAAAACCCUUAUUAAAUUGGGCAACAUCUGCAAGAUCUGGUACAAUUCGACGUAUCUCUGAUUCAGAUAUACGCUCAUUAGUUUUAGAUAUACGUGGUACAAAUGUUUCAACUACAUAUAUUGAAUGUCCAAGUUGUCCAUCACAAACAUUAGGCAUACGUAUGCCUAUAUUUGUAUUAUUAUUUAAAAAUAUGGAUAGAUAUUUCACAUUUGAAAUAGAAAUUCAAGAUUAUAGUGGUGUUAAUAGACGAUUUCGUGCUAGUAAUUUUACACGAACAACAACAAUUAAACCAUUCACUACUAAAAUGCCAUUAGUAUUACAUCCUGGUUGGAAUACUGUUGUAUUCGAUUUACAAAGGCUAACAGAAUAUUGUUAUAAACAACGAUUAAUGGAAGUGAAUCGUGUAAAAGUCAACGCGAAUUGUCGUCUACGUAGAAUAUACUUUUGUGAUCGACCGUAUACAGAUAAAGAAUUGCCUAAUGAGUAUAAACUACAACUUCAAGCACAAAACUAA